AUGAAAGACUUUGUAGAUAGUCUGAUUGUUUCCCCAUAUCAUAGAGGUGACCUCUGGGGCAAUUUCAAGCCACAUAUCAUAAUUGGCUCGUAUCCACCGGAUCUGUACACUUCGCGCAGCAAGUCGGGCGUCGCAUUGCUCGAAAGGGAUCGACUAGAAGAAGCUGCGAUCUUCCACUUCAACGAGGAUUCCGGUCUCAUAUUACCUCUUUAUCCGCCAGACAAUUCCCAAUGCUCACAAGGUCGGCGGAUCCAGACCCAGGGUAUCGACUUCGGUCUUGUGCGAAAUUGGAUCGAACAGUGUCGAAGGGAACAUCCGAGUUGCUGUAGCUCACGGCCAAGUCGGGAGACUCGUCCACACUACUUGCUGGACUGCAACACCAGGACUAUCGUGCAAGACAGGGGCGACAUGGACUAUGUAGCGUUAAGCUAUCUAUGGGGAUCAUCUUCGGCUACUUUCAACACGCGUGUGAAGCAUCACGUCGGCGAAUCGCUUGGCCCUUUACCACAGACCAUCGAAGACGCCAUCAUUGUCACAAAGCACGUCAACAUGCGUUAUCUCUGGGUGGAUCGUCUCUGCUUGCCGCAGGAUGAAACGACAGACUUCUACAAUGAUCUCAGGUCAAUGGCUGUGCUGUAUGAAUCCGCCGAGCUGGUCAUUAUUGCUGCGGCUGGCGAUGGAGCUGACUACGGUCUCCCUGGCGUGCAAGCCCGACAUCGGCUGGAACAGUGUUGUAUCCAAAUCGGCGGCCAUGACUAUAUCGUCUUUGACACGCCACUGAGAUUGGCUCUGGAGGAGUCCAGAUAUAUAACACGAGGAUGGACAUAUCAAGAGGAGGUAUCGUCAGCCCGGCGGCUGUACUUUACUGAUCACCAAGUAUAUUUUGAGUGUCGGGCCUCUCAAUCGUGCGAAUUCGUGGUCAAUGCAGACACCCUGCCGCGUUUCAUGAAGGGACGCAGAAAUGACAACCCAAAAGCCGACCCAACAGAUAUCGAUACGAUGAACACCGCCUGGCGCCACAUAAAAGCCGUCUCUGAAAGGGCUCUGACGUAUGAAUCAGACGCCCUGAAUGCUGUCUUGGGUCUUCUUGAGAGACCAGAAGCUCCGGACACCACCCCAAGAGUCCGGCACUUGUACGGCAUUCCAUUGCCGCAAGAUCACGUCACGGAGCGUUUCACGGAACAGCUUUCCUGGAGAGUUCUGGGCAGCAGGCGCCGUCUACAUGACUUCCCCAGUUGGUCCUGGGCGGGUUGGGCCGGCCGCGGAUAUAUGUUCGAGCCUAGCGUGUCACCUCCCGCUACAGGCCCGACUACCUCGGAGGUUAUGCUUGAAGACCAAACAGGCCGCUUGACUCCGUUGAUUGAUGUGUCUCUGAUGCGCGGAAACGACUUGCUUAGCGUCAUGCCCCAAAUCCUCCACAUCACAGCACAGGUAUGCGAGUUCCAAUGGAGUGGACUCCGGGCGGCAUCGAAGCCAGACGGCGUCCUCGUGACCAUGCCAGGCAAAGAUGGUGAAUCUCAUGCAUCCAUUGUAAUGAGCACGAAUUAUGACUUGGACGAGCUCGAGCACAUUCUCCAGCCACCGUGCAAGCUGCUCGGCUUGUUACCUCGCGCGUGGUCCUACUCCUUGUACUGGGAAUGUAGGAUGCUUGUUGUAGCGGCAGUCCGCGGCGGAGAAAACCCCGUGGAGCGAGUCGGUACAAUAUUUCCUAGAGACAUUAUCAUGGCCGACAUAGAAAACCCCAAGCUGUGGGGUUGGAAAAGAAGGACGGUGCGGAUACGAUGA